AUGUCUCCACAAAGGAAGAUCUCUGUUUCCAGGCUUGCUAAGCUUGUCGGACUCAGUCGGAAUACGCUGUACAGUCAUCUCAAGCGUUAUAAAAUUGACUACUCCUUCUCCAACCUCUCAGACCACAAUUUAGACAAGAUUGUCAGGGCUUACAGAGUGGCAAAGCCUCAGACAGGACUUCGGUACCUUAUUGGCUUCUUGCAAUCACAGGGUCUUCGAAUUCAAUGGACUCGAGUGCGCUCAUCUGUUUCCCGUGUAGACUCUGUGGAAAGAGCCCUUCGAACACACAUCGUCAUUUGA